AGACGAAGUACGCGAACAGCCAAACACAAGCAAAGCAACCAUUUUGUUAUACAAUAAAGGAUUUUAUCAAAAUGAAGUCUUUCUACUGUUUGGACUUUAUCAUUUGUUCGACUGUUGUUGUCGUGGCUUUAGCUGGAUUUUCCGAAGCUGAAAGCUAAAAAAAGUCGUAUUUUAAUUGGAUCAAAAAAAACCGUCGCACCGCUGGUGGACCAUCCGGACUCAUAGCCUUCCCCCGCGUCGGGCGCAGCGAUCCAAACCUGGUCAAUAAUUUGCAUGAAGCUGACAUCUCAGCGCUCAGCGACGGCAUGUAUCCCGCCUCGUUGGAAGACUAUGAAGUUGAAUAUCCGAAAAGUGAAAUAAAACGCGCCAGCUUGAUUGCCUUCCCACGGGUGGGACGCACCGAUGCGGAGUUAAGAAAAUGGGCGCGUAUUAUGGCAUUGCAGCAAGCCCUGAACAAGGGCACUGGUCCCAGCGCUACUUCAGGCCUAUGGUUCGGCCCACGUUUGGGUAAGCGUAGCGUUGAUGCACAAGUAAAACAGCAACAACAACAACACAAUUCAAAGGCCAGUGGCCAGAAAGAGCUUUAUUAGGCUAAAGGAUAGCAACAAAAAGAACAACACUAAUGACGAUGACGACACUCUGCGGAACCCACUUGGAUAAACGAAUUUUAUGUAUCUACUGGAACAAUGCAAACUGUAAAAUUAUAUGGUAUUUAAGAUAAAAUAAAAUUAGUUUUUUUAGGUAAGAAUAAAAAAAUCUAUUAAAAACUUAACGGACGAAAAGUGGCACAAGAAUUUUAUUAAUAAUUAAAAUACAAAAUAUUUUAGCUAGAAAACGUUUGCGAUAGGAAAAUGUACAGGAUGCGUAAAAAGCGUUUGAACUAAAAGUAAUCAAAUAAAAAAAAAAUAUUAAGAUAACAGUUUUCGAAUUUGUUGAUUUUGCAAAAUAUGUGCCCUCAAUUUCUUCCACUAUUUAUUUAUUUGUUGUACAAAAAAAACCAAUUCGGAUUUACCGGUGUAUAUGUAUACGUUUUGAGUGUUCAACGUACCUAACUAAAAAUAAAUAUUUAAACUACAAAAACAAGAUUACAAGUUCAUGCCAAUUGCAUUAGUGUUGCUUUUGUUUUCGUUACUUUUUCUUCAAAUGGGCUGGUGAGGGCUUUCAUUGUUAUGCAAAGGCAACGACGACAAGCAGAUUUAGGUACUAUGUAAAACUGAUACGAAAAUACAAAAUUAAAUAUAUAUGUAUGUAUAUGUGUAUACAUAUGUACGCACAAGCAUCCCUCUCCGCUACACCUGUAUUUUCAACUGCUGACGCACACACACACCCACGAAAGCACACACACGCGAGAAAUGCAUAACAAUGAAAGUCCUUUGAAAAUUAACACAACUACAUGCAUAUUUAUGUAUGUAUAUGUAUGUAUAUACAACAACAACAACAAUUACUAAAACAAAAUGGCACACUUUUGCAAUGGCUAUGAAUACAAAUACAUAGUGGCAACAACGACUGCAACUUCAACUACGGCUUCGUCAAGAUAAGCUUGAUAAAGAAAAUAUUAGAAAA